UUUACGGUUGAGGAACUUGGGGCACAUGAUUCACCCCAGGCCAUUUAGCCUCAAAGUGCUAGGUUUCCCAACCUACAGGCUAGUCUUCAGUCCUGAAAGCGUGAGGGGAGAUGGCAAGGUAACCCUCUGCACAGGAAUGACGUGGGAAGAAUACCUAUUUGGGGGUUUAGGGCUGGGGAUGCUCCUGCUUCUGCUUCUGCUUGUGGUUGUUCUGUCCAUCUGCCUGUGUCGGCUCCACAGGAGAGUGAGGAGGCUGGAGAGAAGCUUGGUCCAGGCCUCAAAAGAGGAGCUCCACUAUACGUCCUUGCUGAGGCUGCCGGAACGGGAGAGACAUGACAUCCGAGAAAGGGAAGGCAACAAGGAGGACCCCAGCGGGGACUAUGCCUGCAUCGCCAAGAACAAACCCACCUGAAUACCUGCAGAUGCCUCCCCCAACCCAUGGCCAUCCUGUGGUUCACCCAGUUAAGACCAUGGUCUCGCCACCCUCCGUGUCUCAGGCUUCUUCAUCUAUUUCAAGCCCCAGCUCCACAGGGCCAAGAUCAAAACCUAAAUUACUGGGACUUCCCUGGUUGUCCAGUGCUUAAGGCUCUGGACACGUCCACUGCAGGGAGCACAGGUUCGAUUCCUGGUCAGGGAACUAAGAUCCCACCUGCCGAGUGGCCAAAAAUAAUAAUAA